UAUCCCACCUGCCCCACAGAGCCGUGCAGAGAUCCAGGGACCUGGGGGGCUGCCCGCCCGCUCGCCCUCCCGGGAUGCGGCCUUGCGUGGCCGCGGCGGCGGCGGCGGCGGUUGUGACGCGGGGGCCCGGGGUCGCGAACCGCCGCCCACUCCCGUCCCCAUGGCGUCCGCCUCCCGCGCCCCGGAGAAGCUCCCGCAGAUCCUGGUCCUCAACCCGCCCAAGGUCCUCAAGUUCAAAGGCCCCUUCACCACCGUGGUCACCAGGCGCCUCAAGCUGCGCAACCCGUCGGAGAAGAAAGUGUGCUUCAAGGUGAAGAGCACCAACCCUUACUGCUACUGCGUGCGCCCCAGCAGCGGCGUCGUCGAGCCGGGCAGCACGGUGACGGUCACCGCCAUGCUGCAGCCCUUCUCCUACGACCCCAGCCAGGAGGUCAAGCACAAGUUCCUGGUGCAGGCCGUGUUCGCUCCCCCGGACGCCUCGGAUCCGGGCGCCGUGUGGAAGCGGGCGAGCCCCGGGGAGCUCAUGGACUCCAAGCUGAGGUGCGUGUUUGAAAUCCCGGAAGAGAACGACAAACAGGACGCGGGCGGCUUGAGACUGAGGAAGGCCGCGCGUCGCCGCCACAAGCCCUGGUUCGCCUCGGCCGCGGCCUUGAAGCGGGGUCGCGCCGCGCCUCUCCCUGUUGCGCUGCUUGUGAUUGGAGCUGUUUUCGUGGGCUUCUUCCUGGGGAAAUUCAUCUUGUGAAAUGAGGCAGGCACCGCGGUUAUCACCACCCCACCGUCUCCCCCACUCCACUUCCCAGUGCGAACCAGAAAAAAAAAGUCUCUUUACCCACCAUCUCACUGGAAAAGUAUGGCUUGCGGCGACCAACUUGGUGUGUGUGUGUGUGUGUGUGUGUGUGUGUGUGCGUGUGUGUGCGUGUGCAUAUGCGCGUGUGUGUGCGUGUGCAUAUGCUCGUGUGUGUGCGUGUGUGUGUGCAUGGUGUCACAUAGGCUUCGCCUCUAAUGGUCUCUUGUGGCUGGAGGAUGCAAAAACACAAACAAACAAACAAAAAACAAAACAAGAAAAACACAAAAAGCUGUCGGGCUACUGGACGAACCGCAAGCAUCAGAUCAUUGUAAAUCAGUUGCCCACUCCGUGCCUGGUGAAAUGCAACAAGAAUUGUGACUUUGGUUUUAGUAAGACUUCAAGAAUGCGAGUCCCUUUAGAUUCUGCCCGCCGUGCCACCUCUUGAGAUACGGUUUCUUGAGAUUUGCUAAGCCGCUCGUCAAGGACGUGCCAAGGGUAUUCAGGAGGGGAAACGGUAUCUCUUAUCACAUACGCUAAUAUUGCAAAAAUACCCCAUCCCUACUGAGGUGUUGUUGGCUGAGUUUUUCACCCUCGCAAAUCUACACCGUGAUAUUUAACGUUUUGCUUUAAACCUGUUAACAGACUUUUUUUUUUUUUUUUUUUUUUUUUUUGGCAGCUUACGGUGUCUGUUGAGUGCUACUGGGGCAGUUAGAAGAAAAGUCCGCUCUGGGAAUUUCAAAUUUAUAUUGUGUGAUUUUUCUCUUGCAACGAUGCCCUUCCAUAUGUUUCACAAGUGUAAUUAAAAUGUCAUUUAUUGGGGAAAGGAAUUGAUAGGCUUUCGAGCUAUUCUGGUAGUUUGGACAACUGUAAUUGAUUUGUUUUCCAGAAAUAUAAAAUAAUCACUGGAAAA